GAAGGCCUCUCUGUCUUUCCCUCUCACUGUCUGUAACGCUACCUCUCAAAUAAAUAAAAUCUUUAAAAAUAAAUAAAUAAUUAAAUAUUAACAAAAGCUUAAAAAUGUAAUUAAUCUAUCUGAAAGACAUACUUUCAGCGGGGAGAAACGGAGGGAAGGGGAGAGAAGGGGAUGGAGAGAGCAAGAGUGGGAACAACACCACUUUAAUUUUGAAGAUAUCAUAAAUACGUUUCACAGUCUGCAUUGCAAGAACUCAGGAGCCUGGAGGAGCGACAAUAGGUCCGUUACCAUCCCCAGGAAUCCUCCCUCAGGAGGAAGACAGGAGCUGAGUGAGGCUGAGGCUGUAACCUGCUGUUCUAUGGGGAAGGAGGCCUGGCUUGUUUGUGCAGCAUCUCCAGUAACAUUGUUUCUAUUCUCUCCAUGUGUGCUCUGAGUGUUUCGCCUUCAGAAGACAAACAGAGCAGCAGGCUGAUGGUGGGCAGCACCACCAGAACUCAGUUUGCAAAUGCUCAAUUCCUCUAAAGGGACACCUUUAUGCCUCUAGUUUUGUUUUUGAACAUACAAGUACAUAUGUGUGUGAGUGAACGUAGACAUGAGUGAGGGAGCCACAAUCUGUUCAAGCCAUGGCAGAGCUUGGAAAUCUUUUGGGACAGUGAGCUGAGCCUGCCUGGGCUAAGAGGAGCAGUUGACUCCUCUUACUGGACAUCUUUAAUGGACAGGAACCAAGAGGAAAUGAAAAAGGGGGUGGGAAUGGGGGUGGAAAUAGAGACUGGGAGGAUCAGUGCUUCUAUACGUGUAUUGAAACAAUAGAAAACGCCUGAAGAGGACUGUGCUAAUUUAUCAAAUCCUAAAUACUGAUCUCUACCACCAACUUAAGCCAAAAGCUUUUGGGGUCCUUUCUCUUUAACCAAGUAGAAAGUUUCUUGAGAAAACCAGCCUGGUGUGUCCCCAGCUGUGAUUGGUCUAGAGCCUGCUCUGCCCUCAGGGGGGCCAUUGUGAUGUCAUUCCAACUGCCUUAACAGUUCCCUGCUUGGGCUCGGUUCUGGUCAGUUGGCCCAGGAAGCUCUGUGGAGACUGCCUGAAGGAUUGGACGACAUCACUGGUUUUCCCUUGUCCUGUCAUUGGUGGUGUUGUCUUGUCUGGUCUAUUAGUUCUCUUUACCGUAGUGGUUCUUUUAGUAUUUCUUCUAUUUUGUUUUUUUGCUAUUUUUCAAUUUCUCUCCCCCUCCCAUUUUUACAUUGUGUGCUUGUGUAUUUUCUUUAAAUAUUUAUUAAUUUUUUGUUUUUUCUUUCACAGGCUAAAUGUACUUGAUGCUGUGUUCAUUUGUCCUUCUUGUGUUUCCUGCGUUUUCUGACUAUUUUCUCAUUUUUUUAAUCCUUUGAUUUAGAUAAGACUGUUAUAAGACUUACUGAUUAGCAUUGUUACCAUAGUUACCAUAGUUGGUGUUGCUCUCCUUCACCAUUUUUAGUAUUCUGUGUGUUUUAUAACUUUUAAUUCUUAAUUUUCAUACAGUGUUAGUGAUUAGUAUACCAUAGUUCAUAGAGUUAGCAUUCUCUAGUAGAAAUAUUAGCAUAUUGAGUUGUUAAUUUUGGUUACCAUUUAGCUUGUUUGAUUUCUGUUUGUUUCCCAAUUUUUGUUGUUACUUUAGGUGACUAGUAAGUGUUCCCAGUGUCAGAGUGCAGGGUGGGGGGUGGGGUGGGGAUCCCACCAUGGAAGGCCUCACCGCCUUCACCAGUGAGGAGGAGGUCCUGGGUGGGUACCAGGUCCUCAGGGUCCUCGGCCAGGGAGGUUUUGGGCUGGUGAUCCUGGCCUAUCAUUGGGAAAGCAGGACCCAGGUGGCUGUGAAGGUUGUGGAGAAUGGUGGCCAGCACUCCUGCAGCUUCCAGCAGCUGUGCACAGAAGCAGAAAUAAUGAAGGGGCUGCAUCACCCUCACAUCAUUCAACUACUACAGGUCAAGCACACCACAGAGAGGGGCUACAUUUUCAUGGAAUACGCAGUCAGGGGGGACCUUAGAUGUUACAUGGUAGAACGAGGGUACCUACUGGAUGGAGAGAUUUGUCAGCUAUUUAAACAAAUUCUAUCUGCUGUGCAUUACUGCCAUUCGCAGCACGUGGUGCACAGGGAUUUAAAGUUAGAAAACCUGCUUCUUGACGCCAACCUAAACAUUAAGUUGAGCGAUUUCGGUCUCAGCUGCAAACUGGCUGGUGGAGAGCGCCUGAAGAAUCUGUGCGGGACCUUUGCCUACUGCGCGCCCGAGGAAUUCUUAGGUGAGGAGUUCUGCGGGUACAAGGCUGAUGCCUGGAGUGUGGGCGUGAUCCUGUACGCCAUGGUGGCAGGCUCACUGCCUUUUGUUGGAGAGGAUUUUGUGGAGCUGCGGGCAGCCAUCCUGUCUGGAUACUACAGAAUCCCCCACUAUGGAAACCCAGAGCUGUGUAACCUGGUGGACAGCUUACUGACCCGGGACCCUGAGGCCAGGCCCACAGUGGCAGACAUCAUGGGCCACCCCUGGCUCCAUGCAGGACAUGGAGCAGCUGGAACCAGUGACGAGUUUCUGUUUCUUCCACAGGAGCAGGAAGGAUGGGAAUUCCCAUGGGGCCUCUGCCCUCCACUGUGGCUUCAUGAAUGGGAUGACCCCUUGCCCCCUGUGCCACGCUGGGGGAUCUCCCAACAGCAGGGCUUCAGCAUCCCAGAAAUACAUAGACAGAGCCAAGUGGAGCCUGCAGUACCUCCUCAGGGUCCUGAAGCUCGAAGCUCCCUUGAGGACCUGGGAUUCCAGCUGGGCCAUCAAGCAGGCUCCCUGCCACCCAGGCUCCAAGCCAGUGCCUUGUGCCCAGGACUUCAGCAGGAUCACAGCAAAGGGAAGCCCAUGCCUCAGGCCAUCCCCGGUGCUCAGAGCUGUCCCGUUCUCCAGUGCCUCCAGGGACACUCAGGCUGCAACAGCAGAGCCCGUGAGUGUGCUGCUCUCAGCUCCCAACCACUGGUGCUUGCAGAAGGCCAGUCGGGGCAGACUCCUUGCCAUGGGACUCCCAGUGUGAGCAGCAGUGAGUCCUGCAGGACAGACAGGUCCCAACCGGCUGUGUGGACAAGGAGCCCCGCUGCCUGUGCAGUCCUCAGCCAGGAUGCUCUGUCCUCUCUCUCCACCACACUGAGCACCAACAGCAGUGAGGCUGAUGUAGAAGUCAGGAGCUGCUCCCAGGGUGCCUCAGAGGAACAGAGCAUCCCAGGAAUGCAGCAGCAGGAGGAGGAGGCAGGGACCUCAGACACGCAGGCCAGAAAGGGCAAGGGGCGCCUGGGGAUUGGCAGGAGGAUCAUCCAAUGCUUCAGCUGGCUGUGUUGUGUCCUGCCAGCCCCAGAGGAAAGCCCUUGAGUGCAGAGAGGAAAGUGGCCUCUUAGUAGCCUCUUGGGAAAUGCCCCCGAGGAGGGGCCCUUCCCUGAGGAGUGAAGCAAUGAAGGGUAGUCAUGGACUCCUGACUGGGAGGAGGGCAGGUGAGGAGGCAGUAAGAGAAACUGCAGGCAGAGAGGGAAGAUAUUGUUGCAUUUUUCAGAUGGCCAUAAGGAAACAUGUUUGCAUGGUUAGGGGUCAUGAUCUUUUCCUAAGAUAGAAGAACAUGGUGUUUGAUUUUGUUUAGACGAUUAAUCCAUGAACAUCACUCCCUGGUUAACCUUCCUAUACCCAGGCCUUAUUGGGCCCCUCCCUUAGUCCCCCUUCUGGCUGGCAGGGGUGUCAUUUUCUCACAAAAACCUACUUUUGCUUUUUCUCCCCCACCCUCAUGAUCCGUGUUGGGAUUAUGUGAGAGAAAGAAUGGACUUGAACUUCCUGCAGCAUCGUUGGUGCCGUGACGUGGAUGGACUCAGCUCCAUGGGAAAGGUGAGUAAGGCUGACUGCUACUCUGGUGUUUGGAAAACCCCUGAUCUUCUACAUACUCAUUUAUCUUUUAGAUUCCCCAGGUCUCUGAGCCAGUUCAAAGCGAUUGGUGUGGGAUGCUGGUUGUAAGAUACAGGGCCCACGUUGGAUGACACUCUUUGUCCUCCUCCCACUUUAUUCUGUCUUUGAUUAUUGCCUGCACUCUGUGCUCAGGUGGCUCUCUACCCUGGGAAUUCUUCUCACCCUGAUUUCCUUCUCCAAGCCCAAGUUCCCAGGUCCCUGGAUGAGAAACUCCUGUGACACUUAGAGCUCCUAGAUCUGAACUGAGGAGCCUGCAUUGCAGACCGAGGUGGCCUCUCCCAUUGAGCUGCCUUCUUGUGUGCCCCAAAGAACUCAGGACCCACAUGUCUGGGAAGAAGUCGCCUACCUGGCACCUUAACUCGUGCCCAUGCUUUCCGUUUUCGUGCCCAGGUUUUUCUUUGGCAAACAACAUGUUGGAAGUCAUUCCUUCCCAGAGCCAUGCUCCUGAAGGUGACUCCCAGGGAAAAUUUCUAUCCUCAGGCCACACCCACGUUCCCCCUCUGCACAUUCAACAGUCCUGCAGUACGGACCACUUGCCCACCCUCCACACUUUGGCAACAAGAGAGUUAGUUGAGACCCCCUUUGUAGAGCCUCAUUUCCAAGUUCAGACAUGAUGCAGGGACAGCAGGAGUGACAGAGGACUGAGGCAAUGACUGCUAGGGACUGCGGGAACCCCAAAGACUCAGCGACUUCUGGGAGAAUGGGGGGUCCUAAAACUCAGCUGCUGGGGGGGGGCGAGGAAGGAGGAGGUAGCUGCUAGGGUCCACGUGGUGACCUAGUGAUGCAGUGGCAGUGGGAGUGCCCAGGGAAGGAGCUGGUGGGGCCUGGGGACCGUGUGGUGGGGCCUGGGGGCUGCACAGAGGGCUCAGAUAACCACAGGGGAGCCCAAGAAGAAGUAGGAAGAAUCCUCAGGCAAUCAUAGGGAGGCUGCUGGGGACCGUGCUGGGGGCCCCAUGACGGGUGGCUCCUGGUGACUGCACUGGGGCACAAAGACGUGGCUUCACUGGGUGUGCCUGAGGAAGCAGGAGGCAGCCAAGGCAGGCCAUGAAGUGGUAGGUGCUGGGGAACUGUGUGGGGUGCCCAAUGCUGCUCCUGGAGGGGGAAGAAGAGAGCAGGGCCUGGCCCUGGAGAUUGAGGAGGAGAGUAGGGUCUGGCCCUGGUGGGUGAGGAGGGGAACAGGGUCCAGCCCUGGAGGGCAGUGAGUGGAGCUGGGCCCAGGCUCUGGUUUCAAGGUGGGGAGCAGGAUCCAGCCCUGGAAGGUGACGAGCAGAGUGGGCCCAGGCCCUGGAAGGCGAGGAGCGGAGCAGGGCCUGCCCGGGAGGUGAGGAGGGUAGUGGGGCCUGGCCCUGGAGGGAAGCCCUGAAGCGGGGCCCAGGCCCUGGAGUGUGAAGGUUGUAGUGGGGCCCAGGUUCUGCAGGGCAAGGAGAGGUGCAGGACCCAGGCCCUGGAAGGCCAGGAGCAGAAUAGGGCCCGGCCCUGAAGUUGAGGAGGGAAGCGGGGUCUGGCCCUGGAGGGAGGCCAGGGAUGGGCCUGUGGGGAGAAAGGCCUGGCUCUGGAGGGGGAGGAGGGGAGCAGGCCCAGACCAAGGGUGUGAGGAGGCUUUCGGUGCCAGCACUGGAGUAUAAGGAGGGGAACACUGGCCCUGGAGGUGAGGAGGGGAACAGGGUCUGGCCCUGGAGUGAGCCAGGGAUGGACCUGAGGGGAGCAGGGCGUGGCUCUGUAGGGGAAGAGGGGAGCAGGGUCUGGACUUGGAGGGUGUUGAGGAUAGUGGGGCCCAGCCCUGGAGGACAUGGAGAGGAGUUGGGCCAGGCCUGGUGGGUGGCUAGUGCCGUGCCUGAAGGGAGCAGGGCCCAGCUCUGUAGGGCAUGAGAGGAGGAGCGGACCAGUCCUGGAGGGUGGCCAGGGCCGGGCCUGAGAGGCAAAGGGUCCAAUCCUGCAGGGUGAGGAGGGGAGCGGGGGGCCCAGCCCUGGAAUGUGGUGAGGGGAGCAGGGCCUGGCCCUGAAGGACAGCAACGGGAGCUGGGCUCAGGCCCUGGUGGGCAACUAGGGGAGUGGGGCCCAGGCCCUGGAGGACAAGGAGAGUGGGGCAGCCCUGCUGGGUGUCUAGUGCCACACCUGAGGGGAGCAGGGCCUGGCUCUGUAGGGCAUGGAGAAGAGAAGGAGCCCAGCCCUAGAGGGUGGCCAGGGCCCUGCCUGAGGGGAUCAUGGCCCUGGAGGGCAAGGAGGAGGGAGGGGCAUGUCACUGGAGCAUGGCCAGGGCCCUGCCUGUGCUCUGGAGCCUAUGUCCUGUUGCCUGUGACCUGUGUCCUGAAAUCUGUCCUGAGUCCUGUAGCCUAAGGCAUUUAGCCUGUGUUCUAUGUUGUGUAGCCUGUGUCCACUGUCUUGUAGCCUGUGGCCUAUGUAUGCAACCUGUGUCCUGUGGCCUCUGUCCUCUAGCUGGUGUCCUAUGUCCCCUAGCCUGUGGCCUGUGCAUUGAUCCUGUGUCCUGUGUCCUGAGCUUGUGUCGAGUGUCCUGUAGUCUGUGUCCUGUGUCCUGAGCCUGUGGCCUGUUUCCUAUAGCCUGUGGCCUGUAGUCUUUGUCCUAGAGCUGGUUUCUCUUUGUAGUAGCCUGUGUCCUGUAUACUGAAGCCGGUUUCUUGUAGCCUGUGGACAAUGUCCUGUAGUUUGUAUCCUGUAGCCUGUAGCCUGUGCCCUGUGCUCUGCAUCCUAUCCUGUGGCCUGUGGCCUCUGUCUUGUGUCAUGUAGCCUGUGUCCUGUAGUCCAUGGCCUAUGUCCUGUAGCUGUGGCCUUUGUCCUGUGGCCGGUGUGCUGUAUGAUAUGGUGUGCUGUAUGAUACUCAAUGCAUACUUGGGCCACAGGCUACAAGACAGAGGAUGCAGGCUACAUGACACAGGCUGCAGGACACAGGAAACAAGACACAGGACACAGGCUAUAGGACAGGGGCCACAGACACAGGAAAAAGGCUGCAGGGCAUAGGCUACAGGCUACAGGAGACGGGCUACAGGACCCAGGAUACACAACAUAGGACACAGGGCACAGAUUACAGGACACUGGUUAAAGGAUACAGACUACAGGACAUAGGACACAGGCUGCAGGACACAGGACACAGCGUAUAGGACACAGGCUACAAGACACAGGAUACACGACACAGAAUACACAACAGGACACAGGCUACAGGACACAGACUGAAGGAAAGAGGGAGCAAGACACAGCCCACUGGGUAUAGGACAGAGGCCACAGGACACAGGACAAAGACUGCAGGCCAUGGCCACUGGAUACAGGACAUAGGACAAAGAAUUGAGGACAAAGGACACAUGCUACAGGGUAUAGGCCACAGGACAUAGGUCACAGACUAAAGGACACAGGCUGCAUGACAUAGAACAAAGGCCAAGGUCACAGGCCAGCGGCCACAGGACCUAGGCCCCAGAGCUCAGAGAACAGGCUACAGGACACAGCACACAGACUACAGGACAUUGUCCACAGGCUACAAGAAAUGGGCUUCAGGACACAGGCCACAGACUAGAGCAAAGAGGACACCAGCACUAGGACAAAAACUACAGGCCACAGGCUCAGGACACAGGACACAGGCAAGGGGUCCUAGAACACCAUAGAGGACAGAAGCCUCAGGACUCAGGAUGUGUACAUACAAGACACAGGACACAGGCUAUACAACAUAGGACACAGGACACAAACAGAGGCUCCAGGACAAAGGCUAUGUCCUGUAGCCUGUGUCCUGUAGCCACUGUCCUGUGGCCUCUGGCCUGUGUCCUAGAUUGUGUAGCCUGUGUCCUGUCUCCUGUAGCCUCUGUCCUGUGUCCUGUAGCUUGUCGCCUAUGUCCUGUGUCCUGCAACCUGUGUCCCAUAGCCUGUGUCCUCUAGGCUGUGUCCUGGGUUCCAUAUUCUGUGUCCUAUAUCCUGUGUCCUGUGUUGUCUGGGCUAUGUCCUGUGUCCUGUAGCCUGUGGCCUCUGUCCUGUAGCCUGUGUCAUGUGUCCUGUAGCCUGUGGCCUCUGUCAUGUAGCCUGUGUCCUGAAACUUAUGUCACAGACUACCGGGCACAAUACACAGGCUACAGGACCCAGAACACAGGACAUAAGACACAGUCUAUAGGACUCAAGACACAGGACAUAGGCCACAGGACACAAGCUACAGCACAGAGGCCACAUGCUACAGGACACAGGACAUAGCCCAGAUGACAUAGGGCAGAUGAUAUAGGACACAGAAUACCGAACAGAGGACACAGGCUACGGGACACAGGUUACAGGCUCCAGGACAUAGUCCACAGGCUACAGGACACAGGUUACAGGCUACAAGAGACAGGACAAAGGCUAAACACUAUAGGACACAGGACACAGGCUACAAGACACAGGGACAGGCUACAGGACUCAGGACACAGGACACAGGCUACAUGAGCAGGAUAAAGGACGAGGACACUGGCUAUAGGACAAAGCACAGAGGUCACAGUGUACAGCAUACUGGCCACAGGACAAAGGGCACAGCUACAGGAUAUAGACACAGACUACAGAACACAGGACACAGGGUAGAGGACAUGGACACAGGCUGCAGCACACAGGCUACAGGAAACAGGCUACACAAGAUAGAACACAAGCUACAGCAUUCAGGGCAUAGGCCAGAGGAUACAGGACACAGAACACAGAACCCAGGACACAGGCUAGAACACAGGCUACGGGACAUAGGUUACACGCUAGAUGGCACAGGAUAUAGGUCACAGGAUACAAAUCAUAGGACACAGAACACAGGACGAAGGACAGAGGCUACAGGACACAGGACACAGGACACAGGAUACUCAAUGCAUCCAUAGGCCACAGACUACAAGACAGAGGAUGCAGGCUACAUGACACAGGCUGAAGGACACAGGAAACAAGACACAGGACAUAGGACAGAGGCCACAGGACACAGGACAAAGGCUGCACGGCAUAGGCCACAGGUAACAGAAGCUGGGCUACAGGACACAGGAUACACAACAUAGGACACAGGCCACAGAUUACAGGACACUGGUUAAAGGAUACAGACUACAGGCUACAGGACACAGGCUACAGGACACAGCAUACUCGACACAGGACACAGGCUACACGACACAGGCUGAAGGAAAGAGGUAACAAGACACAGGACACCAGCUAUAGGACAGAGGCCACAGGACAAAGGCUGCAGGGUAAAGGCCACAGGCUACAGGCUAUAGGCCACAGGACAUAGGCCAUAGAUUACAGGACACAGGCUACACAACAUAGGACAUAUGUCACAGGAUACAGGCUACAGGACCUAGGCCCCAGAGCUCAGAGAACAGGCUACAGGACACAGGACAACACUACAGGAUAUUGUCCACAGGCUAUAAGAAACGGACUUCAGGACACAGGACACAGACUACAGCAAAGAGGACAACAGCACUAGGACAAAACCUACACGACACAGUCUCAGGACACAGGACACAGGCUAGGGUCCCAGGACACCAGCUAGAGGACAGAGGCCACAAGAUUCAGGAUGUGUACAUAGGCCACAGGGUACAAGACACAGGACACAGGACAGAGGCCCCAGGACAGAGGCUAUGGGACACAGGACAGAGCUACAGAACAAAGGAUAUAGGCCACAGGCUACAUGACACAGGACACAGCCUACACGACACAGGGUGAAGGAAAGAGGGAACAAGACAGCAGACACUGGGUAUAGGAUAGAGUGUCCUGUAGCCUGUGUCCUGUAGCCACUGUCCUGUGGCCUCUGGCCUGUGUCCUAGAUUGUGGAGCCUGUGUCCUGUGUCUGGUGGCCUCUGUCCUGUGUCCUGUAGCUUGUUGCCUAUGUCCUGUGUCCUGCAAUCUGUGUCCUGUAGGCUGUGUCCUCUAGGCUGUGUCCUAGGUUCCAUAUUCUGUGUCCUAUAUCCUGUGUCCUGUGUCAUCUGGGCUAUGUCCUGUGUCCUGUAGCCUGUGUCCUGUGUCCUCUGUCCUGUCUCCCGUAGCCUGUAGGCUGUGUCCUGUAGCCUUUAGCCUAUGUCCUGUAGCCUGUGGCUUCUGUCCUGUAGCAUGUGUCCUGUGACUUAUGUCACAAAGGACAAAGGCCAGUGCCUGAUCUCCUCCUCUCCCACCACUGGUUGAGCUGACACUUUUUGUUGAGAAAAAUAAAGCAGAGGAAAAGAGAUAAUAUUGCGGGGAACCGAACCUUUUAUUCUGUAACAGGGUUAGUUUUAGAAAGGUCUCUAGACCUUGGACCUACAGGACACAAGACAUAGGACAUACGCGAAAGGACACAGUCUAUAGGACAAAGGCCACUUCAUGCUCACAGCCUCACUGUUGAGACCUCACCGAGCCAUGAGCAAUGUUUCCAAAUCAAAGCAGAGAUUGUCCCAGGUCCAGAGACCUAUCUGG